AUGCCUUUGAAAUGUGGGCUUCUACUUGGCCUAUUCCUCUUUGCUGUACCAGUAAUAGCUACCAAAGAAGGAAACAGACAGAGCCAAGAAGCAGAAGCUGUCGGCUCUCUGCACCUGGUUGAACUGCUGAGCUCAUCCAAGCAGACAUCUAGGAUCAGGUCCAUAUUUGAACUGGAGAGGCAUCGCACCAGGAGGUCAGCCUUUUUCCACUCGGGGGUUAAAGUGUGCCCCCAGGAGACCCUCAGGGAAGUUAUAGCCAGUCAUCAGGCCUACUACAAACUGAGAGUAUGCCAGGAGGCGGUAUGGGAGGCGUUCCGGAUCUUUUUCGACAGAAUUCCCGGCACCAGUGAAUAUCAGAAAUGGGUCCAUACAUGUCAGCACGACUCACUCUGCAUCUCGGACCUGGCCCAGAACUUCAGCAGCUCUGAAGAGCACAUGGACAUGGUGUACAGGAGAAUGAAUCUGCCAAGAGACAGGCUUCCGGAAAGAGAAGACACAACGACAAAGAUGGUAACAGAGUCUGUGCCAGAAGUAACAGAUGGACUUCCAGAAAGAGAAGAUACAACAACGAAGAUGGUAGCAGAAUCUGUGCCAGAAGUAAUAGGAAGACUUCCAGACAGAGAAGACACAACAGCAAAGUCAGUAACAGAGCCUGGGCCUACAGUAACAGACAGACUUCCAGAAAGAGGAGACACGACAGCUAGGUCAGUAACAGAAUCAGUGCCAGAAGUAACAGAUGGACCUCCAGAGAGAUGUUCAUUUUUCUCUCACAGAGAAGACACUACUGUUAAGUCGGUAACAGAGCCUGCUGCAGUAGUAACAGAAGAACCAGAGGAGGUCCCAGUCCAGCCUGAGAUCCCAAUAGAUUCAUCCGAGCCCAAUACUACCCAUCCCAGCAUCCCAACAGAGCCAGUAGGAACCUCAGAAGACUUUGAACAGGAAACUACAGACGUCCCAGAGGAGGACUUGGAGAUGCCCAAUGUGGUGCCUGAGGAGCUGUUGGUGCAGGUAGUGGAGUUCAGUAUAAGCCUGGUGGACCCUGGGUACAGGGAACUGCUAGGUGACGCUGAUUCACCUCAGUACCACGACCUCUCACGUCACCUACAAGACCAGAUGCAACAUGUAUUUGAUGACUUGCCGGGGUUUAAAGACAUCCAAGUGCUGGGAAUCAGCGAGACGGAAGGGAAUGAUGGAUCUGGAGGAAUAUCAGUGCACUAUGCGGUUAUCUUUGAGAUUAUUGCACCUGACAUCGCAGAGGACAGCCUGGAGGACACCAUAAGUACAGCAGGUGGACCUAGCCUGAGGGAGACUAUGAAAAAAGCACUUGCUGAGGAGGCCUCUCUGCCAAUCGACCUUGAUACGCUGUCCUUUGAUCCAGGCAAAACUUUGACAUCAACUUCAACACCAGCCUCUGAAGUCUUAGAAGACGUUGCAACUGAGUUUCCUGAGCCAGACACUUAUGAUGACCUAGGAAUAUCAACAGAAAAGCCAGAGAUUGUGGAAACUCCUCUUUCCCCAAUCAAAGAUGUGAAUGACCUAGAUACACUGUUAGAUCCAACGGCUACUACAGAAACAAGUGUCUCUCAAACAACACUACCAACAAGUGAACCUGAAGAGGAGGUGUUCAUCACCCACAUGAUUGAAACAAUAACAGGAGAAAAUGGUGAGCUCAUAAGAGACAUUUUCCCCACACCCCCACCGGAAGUACUCAGUGAGCCACCAAGUGAAGAUGCUAGUGAAGAGGGGACAGAUGCCCCAGAUCAGACUCCAAACCUCAUUUCAGAGGAUGACUUACCAUUACCACCAAUCGAUGAACAUCUUGACAAGCCUUUCCCAGACAGUGACUUGAGUCCUAACAUGAUAUCAGAGGAUGACAUCAUUUCAACAUCAGUCACCACAACACAGAUUUUGCUCACCACAGCAACAGUGCCCCCUCCCUCUGAGGACACUGAAUUACCAGUUACAACAGACUGGGCCAUUACCUUACAGCCUCCUACUGAGCCUAUUGAGUCACUGACUAAGGAGGAAGAGGAAUCAAACAUACUUCCAAUUGAGGAAGAGACACCUGAGCCAGACAGAGAAGAUAAGGUACUUGAGGAUCCUAGUUCAGAUAAGCCAGUGAAAGGGCCUGAAGAGGUUCAGGAACCUGAUGAGACAGCAGAACCCACAGAAUAUGAAGACUUUUCUGCAGGUGAGCUUGAAGAAGAGACUGAAUUAACGGAACCUGAAAAGACUGAGGAAGAGGUUGAAGUAACAGAACCUGAAGAAAAUAUUGAGGCAGUAGAACCCCAUAAAGAGGUAGAGGCAGUAGAAGCCAAGAAAGAGGUUGAGGUAACAGAACCCAAAGAAGUAGAUGCUACAGAAGCCAAAGAAGAAGUUGAGGUAACAGGACCCAAAAAAGAGGUUGAGGUAACAGAACCCAAGGAAGAGGUAGAUGUUACAAAACCCAAAGAAGAGGCUGAGGGAACAGGACUUAAAAAAGAGGUCCCGGUAACAAAACCCAAAGCAGAGGCUGAGGCAACAGAACCCCAAAAAGAGGUUGAGGCAGUAGAACCCAAGAAAGAGGUUGAGGCAGUAGAACCCAAAAAAGAGGUUGAGGCAGUAGAACCGAAGAAAGAGGUUGAGGUAACAGAACCCAAGAAAGAAGGUGAGGCAGUAGAACCCAAAAAAGAGGUUGAGGUAACAGAACCCAGGAAAGAGGUUGAGGCAGUAGAACCCAAGAAAGAGGUUGAGGUAACAGAACCCAAGAAAGAGGUUGAGGUAACAGAACCCCAAAAAGAGGUUGAGGUAACAGAACCCAAGAAAGAGGUUGAGGUAACAGAACCCAAAAAAGAGGUUGAGAAAACAGGUGAAGUAACUGAACAUGAAGAAAAGACUGACGUAUCAGAAUCUAAAGUAAAGGUUAAAGAGACAAAACCAGAAAAAGAAAUUGAUAUAACAGAACAUGAUGAAGACACUGAGGUAAUAGAACCUAAAGAAGAGACUGAGAUAGUGGAAACUGAAGAUGAAGUUAAAGUAGUGGAACAUAAAGAGGAGGGUAAGGUUGAUGUUGAAAGAACAGAAAUGGAAGAGAGUGGGGUAGCAGGACCAGAAGAAGUGGCAAAGGUACCAGAACGUGAGGAAGACACUGAGUCAGUGAAACAUGAGAUAGAACCUGAGGUUGAAGAAACUGUCAAAGAUCAUGAGGUAGGACACCCUGAGAAAAAAGGUGAAGUAGCAGAACCAGGUGUAAAGGUUGAGGCAACAACUCCUGAAGAAGAGGCUGAUUUAUCAAAACCUUGGGAAGAAAAGGAGGCAGCAAAACCCAAAGAAGAGGUUGAACCACCAGAACCCAAGGAAGAACUUGAGGAUGAGGUAGCAACUGAAGCUCCUGUAUCUGAGGAACAAGCAACUGAGCUUCCUGCCAACACACCAAAGCUUGAGGACCAGGUUAAGGUACCAGAACAUGAGGAAGAGGUAGCAAGUGAAGUUCCUGUACCUGAGGAAGAACCAACUGAGCUUCCUGCCAACAUACCAAAGCUUGAGGAUCAGGUUAAGGUACCAGAACAUGAGGAAGAGGUAGCAAGUGAAGCUCCUGUACCUGAGGAAGAACCAACUGAGCUUCCUGCCAACAUACCAAAGCUUGAGGACCAGGUUAAGGUACCAGAACCUGAGGAUGAGGUAGCAAGUGAAGCUCCUGUACCCGAGAGAGAACCAACUGAGCCUCCUACUGAUAUGAUUAAGAUUAUUCCACCAGAUAUUUCCAAAGACACUGAGCCUGGUGGGGGCAUUGAUUAUCAUGAUUAUCAUUACCCUGAAGAGCCUGCAAAUCUGCCCUUUGUUCCCACAAAGGGCAAAGAGGAUGUAGGCCAGCCUGAGCAUGUGGAUCAUCCCGAAGAUGAACAUUCUGAAGUCCCAGUUGUCAAGGAAGAUGCUGAAGCAUCUGAGGUCAUAACAGCAGAACCACAUGAGGAUACCACAGCUGGUGUUCAGCCUGUUGAAACAACUUUAGAAGAAGCACAACCUGAUGAGAACACUGAGACAGCUGUACAAGAAGAUGAAGAGCCAUCACCUGCUGAGGAUUCUGAAAUUAUCAAGAGAGAAGAGAACACCGGUGAAACAGAGGUCAUUCCUAAAAUGCCAGAAGUCGUCACUGAAUCAGUCCCAGAACAGCCCCCUGCAACAGAGUCUCCUCCAACAACUAUAUCAGCACCUGUUCUAGAGGAGGAGGAAUUACCUACAACCAUAUCUGUAGAUGUGGAGGAGGUUGAACAUAUGGAGACUGGAGAGAUGGAUGGAACAGAGGAGGUGGCUUUACCGAAGGAUGACUUACACUCUGAGGUGCAAGAUCUAGCUGGAGAGCUGGAUCAGAUGGAUGUAGUGAGCACAGAGACCAUCGAUCUGCUGAGUUAUGGAACUGGGUAUAUUUUUCCCAAUGAAGACCAUCCAUUCGAGAGCACAGUUGCUCCGCCACUGAAGUAUUUGACGACACCUUCGAUGACCACAGCUAGCAAAGGCAAAGAGCUUGUGGUGUUCUUCAGUUUGCGAGUCACAAACAUGAUGUUCUCUGACGACCUCUUUAACAAGAGCUCUCCUGAAUACAGGUCUUUGGAAAACAGAUUCAUUGAACUGCUGCUGCCGUACCUGCAGUCCAACCUAACUGGCUUCAAGCAGCUGGAGAUUCUCAACUUCAGGAACGGGAGCGUGGUGGUCAACAGCAAGAUGAAAUUUGCCAAGUCUGUGCCAUACAACAUCACCCGAGCCGUCCACUGCGUUCUGGAGGACUUCUGUAAUGCAGUUGCCCAGCGUCUUGACAUGGAGAUCGACAGCCAUUCGCUAGAUGUCGAACCAGGUGAUCAAGCUGACCCUUGCAAGUUUCUGGCCUGCAAUGAGUUCUCGCGCUGCGUGGUGAACCGCUGGACGAAGGAGGCCGAGUGCCUGUGCGAACCAGGAUACGUCACGGUGGAUGGACUGCCCUGCCAGAGCCUCUGCAUCGUCCAGCCUGAUUUCUGUCUCAAUGGCGGAGAGUGUGAAAUUGUACCUGGGCACGGCGCAGCUUGCAGAUGUCCCGUAGGUAAAUUCUGGCACUUUAACGGGGAGAGAUGUGCCGAGUUGGUCUCCGUGCCUCUAGACCCUUUUCUUUUCCUAGCCUGCCUCGUGGGGGCCCUCACCUUUGUUUUUGCCAUCAUUGCACUCUUGAUAUCUAUGUUCAGGAAAUGUGUACGGACCAGAAAGACACUGGCUUUAGUGUAAGCAGGUCUUUUUUCGUCAAAUUUCACUGUG